AUGGCGACUGCUCCGACAGCCAUUGCCAUUUUCGGCGCCACGGGCAAUCUGGGGUCAUCGAUCGUCAACGCUCUGCUUGCAACUGGAAGACACAAUGUUACAUCGAUAGGUCGGUUAGAGAGCAAGACGUCACUCCCAGAAGCCGUACGAGUCGUCAAAGGCGACUUGAAUUCGCCCACCUUCCUCAAGCAAGCUCUUCAAGGUCACGACGCCGUGAUAAUUGCACUCGGUCUCGAUACACCACAAGCUCUGGACAAGGCCAUUGUAACCGCUGCUGCCGAAGCAGAUAUCAAGUACAUCUUCCCAAACGAGUUUGUGUCGCAAGACUCUCUCCGCAAACACUUUCCGUUCGGACUGCAUGAAAAGAAGAACGAGAUUCGGACCCUGAUAGAAAAGCUGGGGAAGAGUCGCUGGAUUGCAAUAGUCAACGGGACAUGUUACGAUUUCAGCCUCUUGGCUGGAUCCUACAACAUCGAUGUCGGGAAGAGACGUGCCACGAUCUGGACUCCAAGUACGGCUGCGGCCAAUUUCACAACUGUCGCGAAAGUGGGAAAGGCGAUCGCAGCCCUGCUCAGUCUCGAAGAAGAUCAACUGAAGCAGUACGUCAAUCGUUGUGUCUAUAUAUCGUCAUUCAAGGUCUCGCAGCUCGACAUCCUCAAGAGUGUACAACAUGCUACUCAAACGCAGCCCACGGACUGGCAAAUCACUCAUGAGAAUGUGGACGAGGCGGUCCGAGACGGCCAAGAGAGUGCGAAGCAGGGAAAGGUGGAGGGUCUUAUCAAGGUCAUCUAUGCGAUGCAGUUCUUGUCCGGCGCUGGAGGAGACUAUGAAGCGAUGCAUGGUACGUCCGAUGUAGAGCUUGGUCUUGAGAGGGAAGACCUUGAUAUGGUGACUCGGGACGCUGUUGCGAAGUCGUUCUAUGGAUCUGUGACCGAGAACGGAGAUUGGGCAGAAGAGUAA